AAAUAUAUCCACAAUGAGACAUUUAAUUCGCCUAAUGCAGGUAUGAAUAGUCUGUCAAGGUUUCUCCUGUAUGGCAACGAAAUCGGUUGCCUGGGAGAAAGACCUUGAUAGCCAAAGAAAUGUCUACAGGUCUUGAUUUUAACUGGAUGAGACAGCUAACGGCAGGGAACAAAGAUGCCGUGCCGAGCAUUAGCUCAUCUCUUUAUAAUGAUAUCUCACACAUUCCUAUCGUAGAAGCCAUAGAAUGUGUGCUCUCAGGAGGCGUUUUGAAGAAAUGGAGACGAGGUCAGCCAAUAACACCAAAACAAAACCCUCAUGAGGGAAAUUCAAAGACAAAGGAUGCUUCAAACGCUAAAGAAUAUGUUAUGACGUUUUCUGGCCGACCUCAUGAACGUUACUUUUGGGUGUCUUAUAUAUGCGGAACCUACUUUCUAAGAUGGCAAUCACGUCGUAAGCGCUCAAAUGAAACGGCUUUCGCAUUAUGCCAAUUAAAUAGCAUCAGAAGAGGCGAUGAAGUGGAUAGCUUUGAUAACAAGACGAAGAAUGAUGCAACUGAAAAGGUGGAAUUCAUUCUUUCGGGCAAUGUAUCAUUGCGUCUAGCGGCUGCCAAUAAACGUGCAGCUCUAAUGUGGAUAUCUGGUAUAUACCACAUUGCAAUCCAUGCGUCUAAUGUUUAUGCAAAAGCUUGGAUCACAAAUUCUAGCAAAAUCGCUUCUUUAUUCGCCUCUGGAGAACCUGGUGGCAUACCCGAUUUCAAAUCUAAAACUAUCUCACAGGAACUCGAAAAGGAUGAUAAUUCUUUGCAGAAUCUGAUUGAUAGUGCUAAACAGAUGAGUGUAGAUGAUAAAGAGUGGCCUGAAUCUGUAGAUGAUUUGGUAUAUUUGCUCCAGGAUCUUAAACUUAUCAGACGUACUGACGUCAUAGAACCCAUUGUCACAGCUGUCAAGGAACUAUUGGCUACCCGUGAAUCAUGGAUACACAAACUCAUCAAAAGGUUGAAAGAUGUACAAUGUAAGAAUGUCGAAAAUUUGGUUAGGUUUGCCGCUGACUGCGCAUGUCACCUGAAAGCAUUAGAUGUUCCCUGUGAAGUCUCACGUAAAAAAAUAUGGUUGUUUGACGAUUAUUUAAAUGUGGAUGAAGCUAUCCGACUUCUUUACAAUGUAGUAAAACAUUAUUCCAUCACCGUGGAUCUAAGGCAUAGCAACGAAGAUGACCCACCUUCAACCACAGAAAGAAAUAUAAUUAAGAGUGGCAAAACAAAUAAAUCUCUAGAUAAUGACGUUGAUGGUGCUGACGAAAAGGGUGCCCAAAAAUUGGAUGCUAAUUCGUCAUCGAAAAAAAAUGAAAACAACACAUAUGAAGAAUUGAAUCAGUCGCAAGACUUGGAUCCUUUAGAAUCUAUUCCUAAUGAUCAAUAUCAAAAGUUUCUCGAAAAUGUACAACGCGCAGAUAAAUUUGAAAGUGCAGAACAACUAAUAGAGCUCUUGACACGUUGUACUGAUCUCCCUUUAACAGUUCAAAAACCGAAUAAGCAGAAACUAGGUUCCGGUCUCUGUGUAAGAAGGGUAAACAAAUCACGAAUUCCCAUUAGGGCGUUCACAAUCAUGGGAUUCCAUUGGUCCCUUGCGCAAAAGUUCAAUGCGGCAACCAUACCACAAGAUGCAGAAGAAAUCCUUAAUUUGCUCAAAUAUCCACUAAAUUCCUUUUGGAUAGCGAGCUCUCACAAUACGUAUCUUACGGGAAAUCAAGUGGGAGGGGCAGCGGCGGCAGGAGCAUUAGCUGACGCGCUUUUGAGAGGAUGUAGAUGCAUUGAACUAGACUGCCAAGACGGUCCAAAUGGGGAGCCUGUGCUUUGUCAUUCAUGGAAAAACUGUCAACUUACAGGUUCAAUUACGCUAAGUGAGGCAUUGAUUGCUUGUAAAGAGACCGCGUUCAAAUUUUCAAAGCUACCUGUGAUAUUGUCCAUGCAAAUGCAUUGUACGGACGAAUGUAAGAUGAAAACGGCUGAGACAUGCCGGAAAAUAUUAGGUGACGCUUUAUACAUACCCGAUCCAGCAAAUCCUGCUGACUUUGUUGCAUCCAUACCAUUAGGGUCUUUGUUGUCCAAAUUUAUCAUCAAAGGUAAAAUGCGCACAGAAGGUACAGCAAAGAACGUUGCAGCAGAGAAAAAGUGGUUAUCAGUUGUUGCGUUACAUGGAUACAGAUUGACCAAUAUGACAGCGGAGGACAUAGGACGUGUAAAAAGAAAUAAUGUAUACAGCCUUAACGAAAGUAAAUUCGCAAAGGUAGCUGCCCAUCAAGCAUUCUUACGUAGACUCACCGAUAUCUCAAUGAUUAGGAUAUAUCCUUCUGGUACAAGAGUUGCCAGCACUAAUUUUUGCCCUCUAAAUGCAUGGGCUUCAGGCAUACAAUGUGUUGCACUUAAUUAUCAAUCGUGUGACAGGUCGAUGCUGAUUAAUUAUGGAAAGUUCAAUCAAAGCUUUGGAUACGUGCUGAAACCUCCCGAACUGAGGCCAAUAACUUUCAGCAAUGAGGAGUGCUUAGACUAUUUCUGCCGUGGGAAAAUAAAACUUAAAGUUCACGUCCUCUCGGCAUCGCAACUCCCUCCUCCAAAUGAGGGACUUGAGCAAACUAGCUUUGCAAAUGCGUUGGAUAAUGUAUUAUACUCGAUACAAGAGGGUGGCACUGAAUUAGAUGUGAAUAAAGUGGCAACACAAUUGGGGAAACCUCCCGCUAUUAGUAAGCCAGAUCCAUCUGACCGUGAUGAACUACAAGAAGCUAUUGAAAGGGGACUCAAAGUGGAUAAAAAUGACGCCGUAGGGUCGUUAAUCAAAGUCUACGAGAAGUCUUCAAACAUAGUCAACGCAAAGGUGGAUAAUUGUUGUCCCUUUGUUGAAAUUGUUCUGGUCGGAAAGGGUGAACGUAUAUUGAAAACUGAAAUUGUCAACUUCAAUGGUUUUAAUCCUGUAUGGGCCGAUACUACCCCGCCGUUCGAGUUUAUCGUCAAAGAGCCGAAUCUUGCUGUAUUGCUGUUAGCGGUAAAACACCAUGACAACGUUGGCGUCCAGAUUAUAGGCCAAACAGCUCUACCGGUUAAUCGUAUCCGUCCUGGCAUUCGAUGGGCACAGCUUUUGGAUCAGCGGCUAAUGGAAAUCGAGUGUUGUGGUUUACUCCUACAUAUAGACAUAACUUAUGUGGAUUAACGUUCGAUAGUGAUAUUAGCUAUAAUUGGGCACUAUUGGCAGUAUUCACAGUUAUUCAU